CCUCCCCAUCCCGGCAGUAGGCCGGCCGGAGCAACGUGGCGCUGUUCAGCCCCGUUUGCCGGCGAAGAGGGAGAACUUUUUUUUAGAGAUUCCGGGGAAAACUCCAACCCCUCGGCCCUUAACCUCCGCGGGGGACCCGGGUCUUGCGUCUCCCCCCUGGGUUGCAUUGCAAGGAUGCAAUAUGGGCGGCUGCCUGUCGAGUGGCUACAAAGGGAAUCCGGGAUGCUAGCUGAGCUCCCGAUCCGGUGUCUGGAAGCCGAGCAGCCUCUCUCCCCGGGCGGGUGUGUGUGAUCCCAGCCCCCGGCGGUGGAAUGCAAAGCGUGCCUCCCUUCCAGGCGCCGGCCGAGGGCUAGAAAGCGGCGACCCGCUUGCUUUUGGGCUUGGUUCCCGGAAGCCCUCCGGGAUUUCACUUUUCCCUGCGCUGUGGGAAUGGGAAGCAAACUUUAGGGGAGUUGAACUCUUGAUGACUCUUCUGUCGCCAUGGGGCAUGCCUUGAUGGUCCUCCUGUUGUCUUCAACCGUCUCUCUCCUUGGAGGGCUGAUGUUUGGGUAUGAAUUUGGAAUUAUCUCCGGGGCUUUGUUGCAGCUGCAGCUGGACUUCCAUCUUGGCUGUUUUGAACAAGAAGUCCUAGUGAGUUCCUUGCUCAUUGGAGCUCUCCUGGCUUCUUUAGCGGGCGGGAUCUUCAUUGACCGACAAGGAAGACGGAGAGCAAUACUAGUCAGCAAUGUGAUUUUGCUUUGUGGAAGCCUACUCCUAACACUAGCCAAGUCCUUUAUUUGCCUGGUAUGUGGGCGCAUGACUGUAGGAUUUGCAAUUUCUUUGUCAUCCAUGGCAUGUUGCAUCUACGUCUCUGAAAUGGUGGCUGCGCAUCAACGAGGGGUGCUGGUUUCCCUUUAUGAAGCCGGCAUCACAUUGGGCAUCUUACUUUCGUAUGCUCUGAAUUACAUCUUCUCGGAUACGACAGAGGGCUGGCGAUACAUGUUUGGAUUGGCUGUGGGUCCAGCUGCUGUUCAGUUUUUCUGUACCUGGUUCCUCCCAAAGAACUCCAUUAAGUUGAAUGUAUGUGGCAGCGAGACUCGUAAAAGCCUCAUUCAGCUACAGAAGAAUGAAGAGGGUGAAGACAUAAUGCUGCAGUGCCCAAAGGAGAAGCAUUACUCUCUUGUGGACCUUCUGAGGUCAAGGGACAACAUGAGAAGCAGAACUCUGGUGGGCCUCGGACUAGUGCUCUUUCAGCAGUUCACAGGGCAGCCCAAUAUUCUUGGUUAUGCAUCCAAAAUCUUCCGCUCCAUAGGUUUUCAAAGUGACUCCUCUGCGGUCCUGGCUUCUGUUGGCUUAGGAGUGGUGAAGGUGGCAGCUACUUUAAUUGCAAUGGUUUUUGCGGAUAAGGCUGGCCGGAGGGUGCUGUUGAUGGCUGGGUGCACAGUGAUGGCUUGUUCAGUCACAGCCAUUGGCUUGACCAGUUGUUCCAUUCCAUUCGACAUGGCCAAAGACUGUGAAAUGCCAGUAGGGUCCAACAGUACUUUGUUUGGUUCAGAUCCCUUCCCUAUGAAGUCAGUAUCUCCCCUGCCAAAUAUGUCAUACUUCCCAUGGACAUCAGGCACUGGCAGAAUUCAAGCAGAUCCAUCUUUUGCUAUCACGAGGCCAGGAGGAUUUAUCAAAACAGUUGACAGCAAUAAACAGAGAGACAAAAUGGCAAAUGCUUCCUCACACACUGAAAAAGCAGGCCUGCUAGAUCCAUCCAUUGAAGGAAAGGUGCGACGCUCUGGCUCAUCUGACACUGAGUCCCUUUCUAAGAAACAGGUGAUUCUCAACUGGAUUACGCUGCUAAGCUUGAUGGCUUUUGUGAGCGCAUUCUCUAUUGGAUUUGGGCCAAUGACAUGGCUUGUCCUCAGUGAGAUCUAUCCUGCAGGAAUACGAGGAAGAGCCUUUGCCUUCUGCAACAGUUUCAACUGGGCUGCUAAUCUGCUGAUCAGUCUCACAUUCCUUAACCUCGUUGAGGCCAUUGGCUUAUCGUGGAUGUUCCUUCUCUAUGGACUAGUGGGAGCAGUGGCUGUUAUAUUUAUUUAUCUUUUUGUACCUGAAACCAAAGGCCAGUCUUUAGAAGAAAUAGACCAGCAGUUCUCAAAGAAACGGUUGUUGCAAGUAAAUGCAUUCUGUCCAAAAAUAUGGAAUAGAAGAGAGAUCCACGCACUUGCUCAUUACCAAAGAGUAGACCAUUCCAGUACUUCAUGAGAGAGGAUCGGUGAACAUCGCCACAUGUGGACAGGCAACAUUAGUGACCAAGUGUUUACUACUUCAGUGUCGGAAGUGACAUGAGGAGUUGCACAAAGGAGGAAUCUGGACUGUUCUGCUCAGGCCCUGUUUAUUGGGGUCACACCACCCUUUACCUCAUUUAAAUAUGUCACUCUGUUAUGUAUAGCAUCUAGGUUCUGGUUUCUUGCAUGCCUUGAAAGGUUUUUGGUAAGAGGAACCGUAGCCAGUGUCCUCCAAUGGUCUGCAAAGCAGAUUUCUUUCUUUUCUUUUCUUUUUACAGUAUUUGAUAAAAUACAACGUAAGUUAUGACAGCUA